AAAACUCAACAAUGGCAAUCAGAAAAUCAUCCAAGCUCCCUCAGACCGCCGUUCUGAAGCAAAUCCUGAAGCAAUGUUCCAGUCUACGCAAGAAACACGGCGGCUACGACGAUGUACCCAAAGGGCACUUCGCCGUUUACGUCGGAGAGAACAGAAGCAGGUACAUUGUCCCCAUCUCGUUCUUGACUCAUCCCGAGUUCCAGUGUUUGCUUCGACGAGCCGAGGAAGAGUUCGGGUUCGACCACGAUAUGGGACUCACUAUCCCUUGUGAAGAAGACGUUUUUCGAUCUCUCACUUCCAUGCUCAGAUGAACAACAACAACAACAAAGACAAUUACUUGCUUUCAUUUUGGAGAAGAUGAAGAUGGCCAAAGAGAGAAGCAUUAUAUAAAGCUUCUCUC